AUGAAGUUGGAAAAAGAAGUUGGAGGGCAGGAGAAGACAAAUAGCUACAAAAAUCACAACAAAAAACAACACAAAGCAAAGAAGCAUGCAAAAGUCCAUAUUGUAAAACAACAGAAACUAAGACUGGAGACUGCUGAGUCCAGCAAACAGAUGAUUAAAAGAGAUACAAAGAAAGCAUCUGGAGACAAAUUAACCCCAAUUACAGAAACCUCCAAACAAGUAACAGUGAUAGGAGAGAAGAAAACUGAACAACAUGAAGAGAUGUCAGGAGAGAUGUCAGGAGAGAAAACAACACAACAUGAAGAGAUGUCAAAAGAGAAAACAGCAAAACAUGAAGAGAUGUCAGGAGAGAAAACAGCACAACAUGAAGAGAUGUCAGGAGUGAAAACAACACAACAUGAAGAGAUGUCAGGAGUGAAAACAACACAACAUGAAGAGAUGUCAGGAGAGAAAACAACACAACAUGAAGAGAUGUCAGGAGAGAAAACAUCACAACAUGAAGAGAUGUCAGGAGAGAAAACAGCACAACAUGAAGAGAUGUCAAAAGAGAAAACAGCACAGCAUGAAGAGAUGUCAGGAGCGAAAACAGCACAACAUGAAGAGAUGUCAAAAGAGAAAACAGCACAACAUGAAGAGAUGUCAAUGAAGAAAACAGCACAACAUGAAGAAAUAGAUGUCAGCACAACAACAUGA